AAUUAUAUCCCGCCAAAAUAUCUAACCUAUUUUAUCUUAAGUGUAAAUUAUUAAAUCACUUCCGAAUCCAUAGUGAAAUGUAGUGCUUUAAAUAUUACUUAAUAAAUAAUGGCAAGUUAUUUAAAGUGUAAAUUAUCUUCUUCAAGUGUUAGAAAAGAAAUAUCAGAUUUAGAAGAUCUUCCAGAAACACCUAUUAUAAACAAUUUCCACAUUCAACAAAACUUUGAGAAUAAGAAUGGCAAAUAUGUGUAUGUUUAUGGUCGUAAUUAUGUAAAGGAAUUGUUAAUAUUAGAAGGGGAGGUUUUGUUUAAUAGAGCAAGAAAAUUGUGGAAACACUUAGAAAAUAUGAUUUUAAAUGAAACACCAAUACCUCCAACAACUCUGAAUGAUAUAAAAGAAGUUGUUUAUUUAUUAUUAUACACAGCACAAAAUUUAUUGAAUUCAAAAAAUUCAAAUACAUGGGAUUUCCAAAAGAAUAUUUACAAGUUUGUUGAGUUAUUGAAAAAUUCAGUUUUAAAUGUAUCAAAAUCACAUGAAAGAUUGAAUAAUAAAUUUACUCCCAAUAUAGUUACAUUAAAAUCAGAACCAAUUUGUGAAUAUUUCCAUUCUUAUUUAGGAGCAAAAUUUUUGGUCCUAUAUAUAGAUAAUAUUUGUGAUGAAGAUAAACAAAUUGUGAAUAUUAAAAAUUUUAUGUUAGACUUAAUAUCAUGGUCUAAAAAUAUUUACUUUUUAAACAAAGAUAGUUUUAUUAAAACAGAACCAUUUUUAUGUUCCUGUGUAAAAAGAUUAUGGCUGUAUUUAAUCUAUAAUCUAAAAAUUACUCAAAACAAAGAAAAAUUAUUUUGGAAAACAUUUAAUGAACUAAUUAGUAAUAAAAAAGAAGAAGAAGAAUUUAUAUUUUGGAUGGUUUAUCACAUUUCUGUUUUAUAUUUAUAUGAUGAUAAUGGAGAUUUUAUUGGAUUAUCUACAAAUAUCGAAGAUAAUUAUGAACUAAUUACAAAAACAUUACAAUCAAUAACAUUGGCAAAUCCAUCUGAAAAUAAACUUUGUAAUAUAUUAAAACUUCUUGAUCCAAUUUUAACAGAAAUUUGGGUACAAGAUUCGAAAUUGGAACCUUUUCAAAUACUUUGGGAAUACUUUUAUAAACACUUAGAAAACGUUUUGAAUGAUACAAAUGUUUCUAAAAAUUUAAAAGAAACGUUAGAAAUUAUCAAAACCAAUCCAAAAUCAUCACAAGAUCCGUUUUUAUACUACCUUAAUAUGUUAAAAAAUCACUUAAAAAUGAAUCCUAAUCAUUGGAAUAAAAUGAGAGGAAGGAUUUAUUCAAGAUUGCCACCUCAAAAAAUGAAUAAUUAUAGUAACAAAGCUAUUUUUGGGAUUAGUUUAUUGUUUAUUUAUUUAUCAGAAGCUGGAAUAAAUGAAUCUAUCGAAAAAAUUUAUAGCUUACUUGAGGGAUUAUCUGACGACAAACAAAAAAGUGAAUUAUUAUGGAUUAUUUAUUUAACAUUGAUGAUUAUAAGUAUACAACAAAAUCGUGACAUCAAAAAAAUUUCAACAAUACUUCUUAGUCAAACUGAAGAAAUUGCAAAUCGAAGAGAAAAAUUUGUUUUAUUAAAACAUUUUAUAAAGGCAAUAGAAAUUAUUAUGAACUCAAAUCAAAAUUAUAAUUUAGGUCAAAAUAUUUUAUUAGGUUCUUGGAUAAAUCCAUACAUGAAUAGCUGUACGUUUACAGAUUUAUGCAACCUUUUAGAUACAUUAACUUUAUUAAUUUUGCAAGUAGAAAAUUCCGGGAAAUGGUACGAAUUUAAAACGGCUUUUAUUGAAUAUGUUUUACCGGCGUUAAAACGGAUUUCUGUUUCAAAUACGGUUCCAUCUCAAGUUGGUGAAAUUGCAGGAAAGAUUUGUUUAAACUCCCAAGAAAUAAUACACACUCAAAUUCAAUAUUUUUGUAACCCGACAAUUAAUUCAAAAAUAACUUAUAGUUUUUUAAUAACAAUUUUGAGAAAUAAUACUUUUAUAAACUUUUCUACUAACGAAGAAAAUUUAUUAAUUUCUAGUUGGUUCAGAAUUUGUAUCCUAACUUCAGAUGAAUCUUACAAAGAUUUAUCGCCGUACAUUUUUAAUUUACCACCGAUCCGAAAUUGUUUAACUAUAGAAAAUUUCGAAAACGAUCCUUAUCCAGCUUUUGUAAAAGCUUUAAAUGCACAAAUGAAUUUACAAGUAAAUAUAUCACGAUUAAAAGAUAUUUGUGAGGUUUGUUUUGGAAAUAUUGAUCAAUGGCUUAUUACUCUUCUAUCUCCUUACACCUCAGAUACACAAAUUACGUAUUUAUACACAACAAUUUCGUUAUUUUUUUAUUUAUGUUCUCCACUUUUAUACCAUAAAUCAAAAUCGACGUGUUUAUUUAAUCGAUUAAUUUCUUUGUUAUUGUUACCAACGGAAAUUUUAAUGGGGAAACCACCUUCGACAAAUAUUUUAAAAGCAAUAGAAAAAACUUGGCAUCUUUUCCUUAAAGGAAUUAAUACUUUAAAAAGUCCGUCUCAAUCUGACCCUUAUAUUGAUCGAACAUUCAAAGAUUUAGUUAUAAGAUACAUACCACAUUUUUCUCCGACUAAUUCACCCAUUUUAAACAUUUUAGAUGAUCAACAAAUCACAACAAUUGUUUUUGAUAAAAUUUCAACCGCGUAUCUAUUAAAAUCAGCUAGAAGUUCGGAAGAUAAUACUCAUAAAGCUUUGAAAACAAUCCAAAAUGUUUUAGAAAACACGAAAGAUGUAGACAAAAUCAUUCUUAUUUUAGAGAAAAUUUCUUUGGGGAUUUUAGAAGUAAUCAUGUUUUCAAACCAAAAAAAUUUAGCGUUGGAUGUUAUAAAAUCAUUAAUUUCUAACGGGUUCUAUGAACAAGUACAGAAUAAAUUACAAAUGGGUAUUCAAACGGCAACAGAUCGGCACUUAGCUUUUAGCACAUCCAAUUAUUUUCAAUUAAUAGGUAAUUUAAUUAACAUUGUUCCUUCUAGCGUUCGAAUGACCUUACCACAUAUUAAAAAACAAAUUUCGCAUGUUGAAAAAAUGAGAUGUGUGGGUUUUGAUAAUGUUUUAAGACAAGGUUUAGAUCGUAUCGAAAAAGCUUUAUCUUAAUAUAUUAAGGAUAAUAAAUUAUUAGUUUAUUGUAUUCACUUAGUUGUAUAAAAUAAAUGAAU